GAAAUCUGUAAAGAGAAGCAAAAAAGCAGUCCAUCGGUGCGGUUCUUACUCGGUAGUUCGGUGUGUAGUGUGUGGAUUUGGAAAACGCCGUUCUUUUUAAUGGCUGCCAGGCUAGGAAGAAAAAACCCCGGACUCGGGAAUUGAGGUGAAAAAUUUAUCGAUACUGGAUUGUCGUAGUACUUUGGGUCAGGGAAAAAGUGUGAAAUUUGUUGGGGAAAAGUUUAGCUCCCGUUUGGGCUUGGUUUUGGGGAACGAGCUAGUGAUUUGACCGGUGAAAAGUGUAUUUUUUCAGUCGCCAAGAUGGGAUUUUGAUCCUGAGCUCAGUAAGAGAAAUUCACGGUCGAUUGAAUUGAGUUUUCAUUCUGUGUGCCCAAAAAAAUUGGUGGUCCUAUCAGGUGCAGUGCUGUUCAGUAAACCCGCACAAGAAAUCGGACACAAUCUUCCGCCGAGAACACCACCGGAUUUGAGGAUUAUAGUAGUGAUUUUCAUUCAAACAGUCAUCCCAGCCCAGUUGCAGCAGUGUCUACACCAAAGCAGGGCAGCAGAUUCCUGUUGGAUCAGAAAAUGGUGCCACUCUUGCUGGCGACGAAGGAUUGUCAUCGGGGAGGACGAUUUUAAAGAUCUUUUGAAAUGUCUACAGUCUUCAACCAGUAAAAACCUGUAAUCCACCAUGGAUAACGGCUCGCAUCUGCCGCGAACGGGAGGGGAAAUGAAACCGGGAGAUGGCUCUCCCAUGGGUUCGAAUCCCACGGGAAUGCCUCCAAUGCAUCCAGGAGCUCCGAUUCCACCUCCCGGCAGCCACCUUGCACCCGGUGGAUAUCAGCACUACGGCUACGGUGCAUCUCCCUCCAUGAUGGAUCACCAUUCCAAGGAUCCAUACUAUCAUCAUGCGGCCGCAGCAGCAGCUGCCUCACGACACUACGAUCCAUAUUCGAUGCAUGCCCCCUAUCAUUCGUAUCAGCACUCUUUCCAUCAUCAGUCUCCGUACGGUGCCCAUCCGUAUCAUCACCAGCCAGGUUAUCCACCAACAACCGGUGGCCAUCAUUCGCUGAUUCCUCCUGGUGGACCUGCAGCUGCUAGCGGUUAUCCCGGCUAUCCUGGUCACAGUCAAGGCGCCUAUCCACCUUCGGCUACAGGCGCUCCACCUUCUCACAUUCCCGGCGGACCGUCAGGUGUGAGUGGAAUCAAAACUCACGAAAAGACACCGUUUGCAGAAAACAAUACUCUUCCCCCGAAAUUACCCAGUGUACCAGUACGUGAUGAUAAAAACAUGUUGAUUGGUCCUACUUCUAGUAGCUUAGGUCUUGAUCAAACGGAUAACGGUUCCGGGAUACCACCCAAACGAAAAAUAGAAAUUCUAGAUAAUGUGCUAAUUAAAAAAUCCAAACACGAGCUGGAGGCCGAACAGCAUAAGGAACCUGUCUCAACGACACCAGUUGCACCCCCGGCUCCUCCACCUGUACCAACACCUCCCGUUGAAGAAACUCCGGUGGUUCCGGUAGUAACGGCUCCUCCCAGUAACAACGAUUCCAGCAAGUCUUCUUUCCAAAUGUCAGAUAUAUUGGAUAACAAACCUAAAACGGAGCCUUCAACGGUUCCAAUACCUCCGGCUGCGCCGCAACCACCUCCAGAACCACCACAGCCAGCAGUACAACAACCAAUGAAGGAAGAAGAACCACUUCCAGAAAAGUCUCCGCCAAUACCACCAGCACCUCCUGCGGAGGUUGAAAAGACCACCAGUGAAACGACGAUAUCCGACCUUAAAGCGUCGGAACACGAAAUGCCUCCAGAAACUCCACCCAAACAAGAGGAGACGGAUCCUUUGGGUGACUUGAAAAUAAAGGACCCGGAUCCUGCAACAUCAGAAACAACUCCUGCAACUGAUUCCGAAGGCUCGAAAGCAAUCCAAGAAAUGGACUUUGACAUUUCGGAAAAACUGAAAGAAAUGGGCGAGAUUAGCGUUAAACCGGUGUCCAAAAACGAUGCCAGUGCUAGUAAAAGCAAAGAAUCGGAGUGCACCGAGGAAGUGUCUCUGGAGAUUACCAAGAAGGAUGCAGCUUUGCGAAAGGUGACCAAUUUGAGGAAAAACAUCAAGGAAGUGAUGGACGAUAAUCAGUUGGAUGCUUCAACGUUGGCGGCUCAAAGACAGGAAUUAGAACGUUUAGCUCGUGUCCAGGAGCAGCAGAGAAUCAUAAGGGAGGUCCAGCGUCAGCUGGCUUUGGAAAGACAAACCAACAAAACCGAACAGAAGGUGAUGCAAUUUCUACAAGGUCAUGCUUCGAUUUUGAAAACCCAACAACCGGGAACGUCCACUCCGGUGAAGGUAGGUUACGUAAGGAAUCCUUUCGAAACCCGAGGUAGACCGCCAAAGGCCAGACCGGUGCAAGCGAACCUGACACCUUCAGUUAGCAUUGCGCCGGUGAAGUCGGCCAGUACUUCGUUGGCUGCACAAAUUCCUUCGGUGAAAUCUUUUAGCGAUAUGGUCGACAGUGAAGAUGAGUUUGAUGAAGACGACGACGAGGAUGAGGACAGCGAGGCGGAGAUGAUUCAUAGUGUCGAGAAGAAGGAAGUCGUUACUAUAGACAGCUCGUCAGAUGACGAUUGCAUUGUGUUGUCCGACGACGAUGAAGAACCGGAAGAUGAUUCGGAUGACGAUCCGCAAAAUAGUGGAAUGCAUGUGAACGAUACGUACAAUGUACCCGAUGAUCAGGGUCGAGUUGUAAUAAAUGUUGGGCACACAGAAAACGAGGACGACAUCUAUUUGGCUCCGCAAAUUGCACGAAUUAUUAAACCACAUCAGAUUGGUGGAGUUCGAUUCCUGUUUGAUAACAUCAUAGAAUCGAUUGAACGGUAUGAUAGCUCUACCGGAUUUGGUUGCAUUUUGGCGCAUUCGAUGGGUUUGGGCAAGACGUUGCAGUUGGUUUGUUUUUGUGAUAUAUUUUUGAGACACACAAGCUCGAAAACAGUACUGAUCAUUAUGCCCAUCAAUACUUUGCAGAAUUGGUUGAACGAAUUCAACACAUGGUUACCGGAGAAUGCGGAGACUAGUGCAUUGAAAAAUCAUGGGGAGGUUAGGCCACGCAAUUUCAAAAUUUUCAUUCUCAACGAUAGUCAUAAAACGUUGAAGUCGAGAGCGAAAAUAGUUUUGGAGUGGGCCAAGAAUGGAGGCGUUCUUUUGAUAGGUUACGAGAUGUACCGGCUUUUGAGCCAGAAAAAGAUGGCUAAGAAGAAGAAAAAGAAAAAGAAGGGUGAGCCUGUGGUUCAGGAAGAGGAGAAGGAAUCGACCGAAGAGCAGAAGAAUAUGUUUGACGAAAUUCACGAAGCGUUGGUCAAGCCUGGACCGGAUUUGGUAGUUUGCGACGAAGGACACAGAAUUAAAAACUCACAUGCGGGCAUUUCAGUCGCUUUAAAACAAAUCAAGUCCAAGCGACGAGUUGUGUUGACAGGCUAUCCUUUGCAGAAUAAUUUGCUGGAAUACUGGUGCAUGGUGGACUUUGUUCGUCCGAAUUAUCUUGGAACUAAGACUGAAUUCUGCAAUAUGUUUGAGCGACCUAUUCAGAAUGGUCAGUGUAUUGAUUCGACGCCUCAGGAUAUAAAAUUGAUGCGUUAUCGUUCUCACGUGUUGCAUUCCCUGCUGUUGGGUUUUGUUCAACGGAGAUCACACUCGGUGCUGCAAACUUCACUGCCUCAAAAGGAAGAAUACGUACUGUUGAUACGUAUGACAGAAUUUCAACGCAAACUCUACACGGUGUUCAUGAACGAGGUAGUGCGCACUAAAGCAGUUCCUAAUCCAUUGAAGGCUUUUGCGGUUUGUUGUAAAAUUUGGAAUCAUCCAGAUGUACUUUACAAUUUCCUAAAGCAAAACGAACGUGAUCUGGAUCUUGAAAUUGAAGAACCUGAACCACCAGGUGCUAAAAUCAAGACUGAUAAAGCUGAUAAGGCUGAAAAGGCUCCAGUAGUUAUACCACCUCCCCCGCCCAAACCAGUGGAGAAAAAGGAGAAAGAACCGAAAGAGCCAAAAGAGAAGAAGAAACCUGGUAAGAAGCCAGCUGCUCCCAAGCCUCCUAAACCGCUGGCAUUGAAGAAGGAUGGGACUCCUCGGAAGCCAAGGACUACAAAAAAGCAAAGAGAAGCUUUGAAAAACCAACAGGCUGCGGUCGGUAAAGACGGAAAAAUUGUUCCAGCAGCUACCGUUAGUCCUAGCAAUGUGAAUAAGGAGCCAGCAGCAGUCGAAACGCCAGCGGCAGAAGCUCCGGCUCCGGUAAAUCCGGAGAAUACUGAUCCAGCAAUCAAACAAGAAACUACAGACUACAAUCAACAACCACCUCAACAACAAGGUAUGUAUCCUGGCUACCAAGGACCAGGCUACCAGCAGGCCCCACCAGCUCCUUAUAACUACAAUCAAGGGGCACCGAAUCAGGAUCCAAAUGGUUACAACAAUUAUAGCGGACAGUACGGAAACAAUGAUCCGUAUAACAAUUAUGGAAACUAUUAUGGUCGAAAUGACUAUAACAAUUACAAUCAAGGUUACAACUACGGUUACGAUCAGAACUAUCAGAACAACUAUGGCAAUACGAACAACUACCAGAACUCAAACUAUUGGGGAAAUAAUAACUACUAUCAACAACCUCAGCAGCAAAACAAUUCCUAUAAUGGAAAUUACUAUGGAAAUUCCAACAACUACAACUAUCCCGAUCAGCAACAGGGACAAUCCCAGCCACCUACAGACCAGCAGCAACAACAACAGCAACCCAACAAUCAGUACAAUCAAUACAACGAAAUGCCGCCAGAUCAGCAGGAACAGAAAUGGUACCCCAAUCAGCCGUAUCAGCCACAGGCACCACCAAAUGAUUCGCAACAAUCUGUCGCAGCUCCUCCAGCAGACGGUACUUAUCCGCCGCCUACCCCGAUGGAUCAACAACCGACACCAGCCCUCUUGGAACCUCAACCGGAUCCUAUUCCACAACCCAUGGAUCCUGCCUUGACUCAGCAGCAGGCCAAUGCCCAGUAUGCCGAUCAGCCGUCGCUCGAGGAUCUCAAGGAUCCGGUAGCGGCACCAUUGGUAGUCAAGACAGAAGAAGAAGCCGAGGAGGACAGCAAGGAUGGAAAACCAACGGAAAUCUGUGACCUGGACACGAAGAUCAUCAGCAAGGUAGAAGUGAUUAAGCAGGAGCAGGAGGUUAAACCGGAAAUCAAAACCGAAACUCCUGCGGUGGAAGUCAAAACUGAAAUAAUGGAAGGAGUUAAAGAAGAAGGUGGUACCGAGUUUAACGGUAGUGAAGUGAAGGUGGAACCGAAAUCGGAAAUUAAAGAGGAAGAGAUGAAAACCGAAAAUGAAAAAACUGAAGAUACAGCUGAAGUGAAAAAGGAAGCGGAUGAAAGUUCCGAAAAGGUGGAAGUUAAAAAGGAGGGGUUUGAAGAAAAGGAGCAUGGCGUGGAUGUGAAGGAGGAAAAGGAUGAAUCGAAGCUGAAGGAUGAACUUCUGAAGAUAGAAGAUGAAUUCAAGGCUAAGGAAUCGAAAGAUGGUGGUAAGGAGGGAGAGAAAGAUAGUUCUAAAGAUGCUGCUAAGGCCAAGGAUAAAGACGAAAUACCGUACGAGUGGGCCUUUGAACUGAUGAAGGGUUACAUACCAGAUCUGUUGGAAAAUUCUUCAAAGAUGGAGAUAUUUUUCUACCUGCUGGAGGAGAGUAUCAAGUUGGGCGAUCGAAUGUUGGUGUUCAGUCAAAGUUUGCUUACGCUAAAUUUGAUUGAACGGUUUCUGCAGAGGCAGAAAAUACCGGGAUUGGAAAAUAAUUGGGCCAAGAACACUAGCUACUAUCGUUUGGACGGUUCCACGACGGCUCAAGAGCGAGAGAAGCUGAUCAACGAGUUCAACUCAAAUCCCAACAUUUUGCUGUUUCUGGUGUCCACUCGAGCAGGUUCGCUUGGUAUUAAUUUGGUAGGAGCUAAUCGGGUGGUAGUUUUGGAUGCCAGUUGGAAUCCAUGUCAUGAUACGCAGGCCGUGUGUCGCGUCUACCGAUAUGGGCAGAAGAAACCCUGCUUCGUUUAUCGACUUGUCGUUGACAAUUGUUUGGAGAAGAAAAUUUACGAUCGACAGAUUAAUAAACAAGGCAUGAGCGACCGAAUCGUGGACGAGUGUAACCCGGACGCCCAUUUGUCAAUGAAGGAGGUUACGAGCUUGUGUUAUGACGACGGUGAAGAUGGAGAGAUUAAGGAUUUCAGUGAGGAGAAGGACAAAUAUAUCGAUGUGGUUAUGCAAAGUCUGUUAGAAAAUCAUUCGAAGAAACUAACCAAGCCGCCGUUUGCUCACGAAAGUUUGCUAGUGGAUCGAAAGGAAAAAAAGCUAUCGUCAGCGGAGAAAAGGCAGGCUCAGCGGGGCUACGAGUUGGAAAAACAAGCCGCUACCAAGCCAAGCUAUUCGUACACUUCGAUGGGUACGACGUACAGGGCCAUUCGAACUCCCGAUGGCUCAAUCAUUCAUCGCCCGGUAGCAUCGGUUCGACCAAUGCAAGCAGGAGAUGCGGGUAAGAAUGCUAUCGGUGGAAAUCGCCCGACACGAUGGAUCCCAGCGGAAGUUUGGCAACGGCAAGGAAUGACUGCGCAGGAGAUGACUCUUCCUAUUGAUGUUGUUAUACCGACAAGUUCUGCUGAUAAAUCUAACAUCGUUCUAAAGGCUGGACAGAAAGUUAUGGUUCUUAAAUCUCCCAAAGGCAUUUACAUGCAGCUGGAGAGCGGUAAAAUCAUUGCGAUUAGAACUGCCUUUAAGGUCAGUCAAAAUAAGGAUGCAGCAACUAAGGGAGCUGGUGCAACUUUGUUAGCAGGACGAAGUGGAAGUGCAACUUCAACGAUUACCAAAGCUUCAAUCGGUUCGACUUCUAAGGACUCUGAAGGAAAUUCGCUGAGUAUUCCGUCUGAUGAUGAAGAUAAAUCGGAUUCAAGUAUCGUUCCACUGGAUGCGGAUAGCGAGAAGGAAUUGAUGAGUGAUUUCCCGGAGAAGGGAGAGAUUGUCGAUUGCGAUAUGAAAGAUGAUGAUUUAGAAGAGGGUGAAAUAAGAGAUGGUAGGAUCGGAGUGCGCAAGAAGCCGCGGAACAUAAACUUUACCAACAGCAACUCAGUGAGCAAAUUUCCAAUGAUUCAGUCUGCUUAUUCGCUUGCACCUCAAGCACAAGGUUCAACUCAAAGUUUACUCAAAGUUCAGCACAAUGAACAAGUUCCUAGCCAACCGACGCCACAAAAGCAUCAACCAUCUGUCGUUCCAAUCGAUGAUGAACCACCACUCAGAGAGAAAGUAAUCUACAAACCGAAUCUCGUCGAACGCAAAUCCAAAGUUCCACAGUCCUCUCUGAAAAAUUAUAGGCACAAAGCUGGAAAAGCUCCGGAACCCACUCCAGCGAUAUCAAGUCCUACGAAAUCUCAUUCGGAAACUCCCACUACUAUUCACUGUGAACAACCAGAUCCCAUUACCCCUCAAGUUUCAGCUACUUUAGAGCAAAAACCAACAAUGACAGAAACUUCCCCUGUACAGGAAACAAUGCCAAUCCCACAUAAAGGGCAGCAAUAUCCGCACAUGGGCCGCCAAAUACCAGCAACUCACACACCACAAACCAUGCAUGCUCAGCAACAUUAUCAGACACCACCACCAACGACGUAUUCGCCGCAGAAUACAGCUGUAAGUCAUUCUCAACAACCGCCCUAUGGUGUGCCAAAUACUCCCAGUUCCUCUGGAAAGAGUCCCAUUCUACAUCAACCCCAGCAUAUGCACUCCUCAUCCUACGGCAGCACUAAACACCAACAAUCCCUUCAUCCUCAGUCAGCUUCCUGGAAUCCGUACACUGCAAAUAGCCCAUCAAACUAUUAUGGUCAGCAGCCCCAAGUUGUUCCGCCUCCACCACCAGGCCAGUACGAAUCGAGUCUCAAUUUCCUCGAGAAAACAACCUCCGCCAUCAUCAACAAUCAAAACCAAAACGAAUUCCAAGCGUCGCUCAGCAACAUCACCAGAUCACCAACUCCCACCGACAGUUUCAUGGAAUUCCAACCGAAAGCUGUUCCUGCUUCUGGAAAAAAGUCCACUUCCAAAAAGCCACCCAAGCAACCGAAAAAUGACUACAACGCAACGCCAACUUCAAAGAAAGCAUCCCAGAGCAAACGCAAUAAUCCAUCGCCCUAUCAUCCUGUGUCCUCAUCAUCGGCAUCGUCCUCUCCAUCACCCUCGCCGGCCGUCAUGAACCAUAGCCAAAACAGCAACAGUAGUUCCUUGAGCGGAACCCCCACGCCAAUGGCUUCGACAGCAGGAACGGCCAAUAAUCCCGCUGUGCCCACAGCUCCGGCAGCCGGCAACUACUACGGUUACCCACCGCCUCAAGGGGGAACUCCUACUGCCACUGCUACCAGCGGCAGCUAUUACGAUCAGUAUUCACAACAGCAGCAUCAGCAACCACCAUUGGUGACCGUGCCAGCGACAACGGCGAGUGGAAACACCCAACCAGCUGUAGGCAUGUACGGUGGGCAACACCAACAGCAGCAACAUCAGCAGUCACCUUAUGGAACUCCGCUUGCCACUGGCCCUGCUCCAGCAGCAGGUUCCUCCUAUGGUGGUUCGUCAUAUGCAUCGACUAAUAGCAGCACAGCACCAUCAAUGAACCGCUCAAAUUACUAUCAGUCAUCAUCAUCGGCAUCCUCAGGAAAUAUUCCCGGUGCUACCACGAUGUCUUCGUCGACGGUUCCAACUGAUUCCUCCAACUAUUAUCAUCAGCAGCAAACCUCAUCGACACCGCAACAUAUGCCAGUAACAAACCAACCCCAACAACAACAGGUGAGAAGCAAUUCCCGCGGAUCGUCAUCGUCAUCCCACAGCUAUCCUCCCACUCCUGCUUCUUCCACGGUUCCACCACCGAAUCACCAGUCCCACUCCCAGAGCAGUUACAUGGCUACUCCUGCCACUGCUAGUCCAGUAGAAACUGCUUCUUCCUAUCAACAACAACCACAUCAUCUGCCAGGCGCUUCUGGUGGUUCACCAUUCGCACCCUACUCAACCUAUUCCCACACUUCCACCAAUAACUCUACUUCUACAACUCAGGCGACCGUAUCAAAUGGGUCUGCCUUCCAUCGGCCGGAAAGUGCCACUCUUCCGACGCCUUCAGCUUCUACCACUACCAGUAGUUCGACGGCACCAGCCAGCUACGAAACCCCGCCAACAUACAUCCCGGAAAGCGCCGGUGCCAAUCCCUACCAGUAUCCCUACCAAGCGCCACAAUAUCAUCACCAAAGCCAGGGCUAUUACCCUCCACCUGCCUAUCCCUACUACCCGGCGUCUGCCCCGGGAGCUCCAUACACGGCCGCUCCCCCCGAAUCCCAGUACCAUCCUCCGUAUCCACCACCACCACCCCCGACGAACUAUCCCAACUAUCCACCUUACCCGAGUCAACCGGGUGGUGUUGGUCAAUGGCAGUAAACAGAUGACCGCACUCUCGGAGGAAAAUGUUUGAAUCUCACCACUUGGCAUGGCAUGUAGAUAUUUUCAAAUGUUCCUUUCUAUAAAGAAAAAAAAAGUUACAUCUUUUACGGAGGUUGAAAUGUCCUCCACGGGAAUCUAUUAUAGAGAUGUGCUGAGCUCUCUUACUCGCUAAUCGGUUUUAAGGUAAAGUUUUUUUUUGAUAUUUUGUUAGAAUUUUUUCUUUUAAAUCUAUCAUUGAAGAAUUUUUAUUUUCUUCUAAACAAAAAACCCGCACGUUCCUAAAAAGAAAAUUUUAGAAAAAAAAAUUAAUAAAUAAUUUUCAAACCAAGAACUGAAUCUGCUAGGAAACCGUUCAAUGAUAUUGAAAAGCUUUGGUCAGAAUUGUAACGUUGGACAUUAACCAAAACCUUUUCUAGAGUAGCGUCAAAGCUCAGUGUUUAAACAUAUGCAACUUCCUCUGCCACCAGUCAUUCGGUUAUCCUACUUUGAACAUAACCUUUUGCAUCGAAAUGCAUUUGAAAACAUUUUAUCGCUUUUUCACAGGAACGUGUUUAGAAAACGGUUCCAUUUAUUCUACCCCAAUGUAUUUAAAACAUACAUUUUCCAAGAAAUCGCAUUUCUUCCUCUUCUCUCUAUAAAAACAACGACUAUAAAUUAAAAAGAAAACAGUGCAAUGUAUUUUUGUUAUUCAAUUUGAGUUGUCUAUGUUUGUGAGCUUUAUUUACCAGUCUGUUUUAGGUUUCUAGGAUAUAUUUAUGCGUAGAUGAGAGAUUUAUGAACUUAAAAGUGUGUAGAAGCGCUUAUCUUGUGCUGCUGAUAGCUUAGCACAUUAAAAAUUGUAGAAGGAAAAGCUGAAAUACGAUGGUACGCCGCAAUGCGAACUCGUUGUUGGAACAUCAAACCGAUUGGUCAAACGAACCAGCGAAGUUCUUUCCGGUAAAAAACCAUUAACUCUUGUAAAACCGUCAUAAGACAUAACAUACAGUAGUAGAAAAAAAAAACAAAACAGUCGUCAAUGUUUUAAUCAGAUAUCAAAUUUUAUCUAUACCACUGAAGUAUAACGCAAGCAACCCUUUAAAAAAAAUCAAAAAAAAAAGCGUAGAAGCAAACCAGCACCUAGCGUUUAUUAUUUAUUAGCCACUGUAUCAUUUAUGCGCAAAUGAAACCGCUAAUCCCCCAGCUAGCCAGCCUGGAGGAAAUAAAUCGCAUUUAAUAAUUAAACGUUAUGAGAUAUUCAAACAUAGGCAAAAAACAAAAUCUUAACGAAUAAUGCUGAAUGUCAAAAAAAGCUAUUCAACAAUGAAACGAAAACCAGUUAUCGCAAUCGUCGUUUAGAAUCAACCAACUAUUUAUAUAUAUUGAAUAUAAAAUUAACUAAUUAAAGUAAAAAACUUAUCAGUCAUUAGAAACUAACCAAUUGACAUUUUCGUUUUCGUUCGCACAAAUAUGCCCUCCCAAAAAACUCUUAUUUCAUGUUAGUUCAAUUGUUUGAACCUCUUAUUACGGUCUGCCUGCAGCACUGUUGUUUCUCGAGAAAAGAAAGUGAAUUAGGACAAUUACCAUUGACCCCCACACUGCAGUAGCAGGUUUAUUCUGCUUUGUUAACGAGCGAAGGAACUAUUUUUGUCGAAAACGCACCAUUAAAAAGAACAAAAGUCGAAUGUUUUAUUCUCGUAGCUAAAACAUGCAUUUUUGUCAUUUUUUGUUUCCUAUAAGCAUAUUUGUAAAGGUAUGUUUUGCUAAGCUAUGUAACGAAAAUAAUAUUGAGUGUUGGAACAGGGUGACCACCAGAGAUGUCACACAGGUUUUUAGCAAGAAAAUCUUAUUAGAACCGAACGGAAUUUUUCGUUCAUUCGGUCGCGAAAUUAGUGCGAGCGUGUCAUGUGUCUGGUAGCAAGUAGUGUAAUUAAUUAUUUCAAACAUCAGUACAGCAUAACUCAACUGAGAUCCGACUAUAAUGAUUAAAAAGUAAUAACUAUAAUUCUAUGAUUAUAAUUAACACACACCGAUACAUAGAAACUAGAAUAAUGUAUGAACCGUAAUACAAAGUAUUGGAAUAAAUCAAA